AUGCCCGCUCUUGAUCUUCCUCGGGCUGAACGCAUGCCAUCGCCCUUUUCCCCUUCCCUCAGGCUCCUGACCUCUCUGGAGCUCAACUCACGCUAUGCGCGCUCGCGUCUCUCCUACACACGGCAGCCACCGCUCCCUCCCGUGCACCUCCUCCCCUCACUGCAGUCCCUCUCCCUCCUCUACGUUCCCUCCGACUACCUCCCCGUUCCCCGCUGCUCCUCCCUCACCUCUCUCACUCUUUGGGCACCAGAAUCCUCCGCUCUCUCCUCCCUCGCCUUCUCCUCCUCUUCCCCCUCCUCCUCCUCCGGCUCCCUCGCAUCCCUCUCCUUCUUCCCCUCCCACUCCUCCCUCUCCCUCCACUCCUGCACCAUCGACCCAUACGAGCUCCGCUCUCUCUCACGCUCCCUCCACUCUCUCACCCACCUUACCAUCCACUCAUGCCCACUCGUCUCCUCCCACUCCCUGGUCCCCAUCCUCCAAUCCAACCCAGCUCUCUCCUCCCUCUCCCUCCACGGAACAAAUUACUGCCUGUUUGCCGCACAGCGCUUCCGUUCUCUCCUCUCGCACUCCUCCUCCCAGCUCCACUCCCUCCACCUCUCUGGCCUCCCAUCCUUCCACCCAGGCUUGCUUGCAGCCUGCAGCGCCCUGCGGUCGCUCAGUCUGGAAGGGGUGGGUAUUUCUUCGGACUCCCGGUUGCCGCGCACUGUAACAUUGGACGGCCUUGUGGGUAUGCUUGUGCGCGUGGAACGGAGAGGAGGGGCAGGAGGAAAGGCAAGAGGUGGCGCAGGAGCGGAGGCAGGAGGGAAGGCAGGAGGGAGGGCAGGAGGGAAGGCAAAAGAGGAUGGUGGGGCAGACGUAUCAGAGAGAGCUGAGCCUGGUGCUCCUGCAGUAGCUGCAGAAGCACAGGUAUCCUCAAGAGGGGGCGACAAGCAGUGGGGGAGGUACGUGGAUAUUCGCAGAGAGGCAGCGGCAGCGCAGGAAGAUAAGCUUGUAGCGGCGAAGAACAUUAUCCCCCUCAUGCGCGCAGCCCAUCAAGCUACCAGAACCGCCCAUUCCGAUGCACUUUCAGCAGCGCGUGUGGAGGGUGUAAACGCCGUGCCUCGCAUCGUUGCCAGCUUCGGGAAGAUCAGGUUCGGGGUUUCGGCGUGCCGGACCUUCUGCGCUGGGGUACGUGAGGCCAAUGCGGCGAUCAAGUGGGAGGAGGCGCUGAUGCGGGCGUUUGCUGUUGCUGGUGCUUCUGGUGGUGGUGGUGGUGGUGCUGCUGCUGCUGCUGCUUUUGCUGCUCGUCGUCAUGCUGCAGGCUUCUUUACUACGGAGCUGAAUCUUGAAGAAGAGGAGGACGGGGAUGGGGAGGAGACAGAAGCAGGAGAUGGAAGCAGGGGCAUGGAUGACAUGUUGAGUCAUGAUGGCCUGUCUGAGGGUGUGCUGGGUGGGGUGUGGUCUGGUGCGGUGGAGACACGUGCAGAGGGGGUGGAGAGGCUGCAUGCGUUGAUUGACGAGCUGGGGGAGCACACUAAUGCCAUGUCUGCUAGCUUCAAUUCCAUGCGUCCACUCACCCCCACCCUGCCUUGGCCAUUGAUUGAUGCGGCAUCAGCAGGAGGUGGGGCAGCAGGAGGUGGGGCAGCAAUACCAGGAGGAGGAGAAGGGGGAGCAACAGCGCAUGGGGUGGCAGCAGUGCGUGAGGGAAGAGCAGCAGUGCAUGGAGCGAGAGGAGGGGCAGCAGAAGCAUCGCCGCGAGUGGAAAGCACACCAGAAGACAGUGGGCUGGGAGAGGCGGCUGCAGGAGAAGCAGCAGCAGGGGAAGCAGCAGCAGGGAAUGCGGCAGCAGGGGAGACAGCACCAGGGGAUGCAAAACCAAGCAGUGGAAAGUCAAGCUUCAGGCAUUCUGAAGGGAGCAAAGCAGCAGCAGCAGUCCCCGUGCAAGUGUACUGCCCUCCUCUGGAGUCUCUGACCCUCCGAUCCCUCCGCUUCGCCUCCCCGCCCCAUGUCCCCUGGCUGCCUCCCUCCCUUUCUUCCGACUGCAGCCUUCAGGCACCUCAAGCACCUCGCCUUGGAGUGCUGCGUAGGGUUGAAGGAGCAGGAGUGGCUGGUACUCUUCGCAGCAUGCUCCAAGUUGGAGGAGCUAAGGGUGUUAGAAAGUAG